AUCUUUCUCAGGCAUUUUUCUCGUAUAUUUGAAGGCAUUCCAGUCUUGGCCUUGGGGGUUGCCAGACUAUUUCCUGGCAUUGUGAGAAAUUUAACAGUCCAGGGGUUUCAGGCACAUGUUUUUGUUUAGCAACCACAUACUUGCAUGUGAAGAGCUUGUUUUUAUGCGCUGGAUGGAACUAUUUUGCGAGUCGAAGACAAUAGUACAGGUUUUUCUAUUUUCUUGAACAUUUCACUCAGGCCUUGAUGGUGUUUAUUUUGUGGCGGGCUGACAAAGAGAGUCACACUGGCCAUAAAACACCCUCUGUCGCUUUGAUUCUCUGCAAGAUUUUUUCCUUCAUUUGUUUGACUAUUGUUGGUGGCUCUGUGAAGUCGAAAUGAACCGUCUCUGGAUUAGUGUCAUGUUACCAAACUAGACAUGUUUGUAUCACUAGAGUCAGUUCCACAUGGGGAAAUAUUAUUGUAAGUAAUAAAAAGCAGCUGAAAAAGUUAUCUUUUCUUUGCAAGUGUAAGAGUAAAGAGCAGGGGAAAAAAAAAAAAAAAGUGCCACACCAGCGUUCAUUUACUGAAGGGAAACUCAACCAGGUAGUGUACUUCCUUUUUGAAAGAGCAUCGGUCAUCCAACCCAAAUACGCUCAAACAAUUUACAGUAUUCACUCACCAUCGCUGCCGAUCAAGUAGCUGAGAGCACUUUCAAGUUGUCCGAGACUGAUUAUUUAUAAACCUCAGAUUCCUCCCUGCUGAGCUACAAAAGCCCCAGUGUUUAUACCGGCUGGCAAGUUGAGAGCUUCUGAUAAAGGAGAGAGCUCGAAUACUAUAGUUUCACAGAGGGCCCUGAGAACAGAAAGAUGUGGGCACUGACUGACAAGGGCAGCUGAAAAAACCACGGCAUAGAGAAAGCUCUCUGUUCCACUGUCCCUCUCAGAAUAAAACGCUGUUCUUCUUGAGCUGUGCUGCCCACGCAGGCUCACAAAAACAACAAGGAGACAGUUCAGUUUUCUUGUAACCUCCCAUCAGACCUGUGGAGGCAAUCACCCCGGGCUAAUGCAGAAGUUUACUGACCUGCUCACAGGCACUUUUGACCCCGUGUCCUCAAGUAACAGCUCGACUGAUGAAGAAAAAACAAAUCAAACACCAACCAGAUUUAGAUUUUAAAGGAUUUUUCCAUCUCUGUAAAUAUACUGAUUAUUCAUUUAUAAGUAGCAAUACAACUCUAGCUUUACAAGUCCCGCAUUUAAAAUGUUACAGGGGUGAAAGCACACAAGCAUUAGCACUAAAAUGUACUUAAAUAAAUCGCUUCAGUUUUAUAAUAUUACCAAGUAUCACAUCAUCGUACUAUUAUUAGUUAGAUCAUCAUAGGGUUUGUAGCUUGAUCUGCAAAGUAACUUGUGACUAUAUAAAUAUAGUGAAUUAAAAUAUUUCUUUAAUUUAAAAAUAAAAGAGCAGUUGCUGAGUAAAUGUGUGUAGUUAUAUUCCACCACUGAUGCUGUGAGCGGUUGUACGGGGUUUGAGAAUUCACGAAAAUACAUUUCGAGGCCUGGGAUCUUUAUUCAUCACAUCACAGUGUGGCAAAAAAAAAAAAAAAAAAAAAGUCUUAACUCAUAAUGCAACUGAUAACUUUCUUUUCUUUAUUUGCAAAUUUUCGAAGUUGAUUUGGGAAAUGGCUUUAAGAUUAUUUAGUUAUAAUAUUACAUUUUUAACUCUUGCUCACAGAAUAUCUCAGAACAUUUAUUUUAAGCGUGUAUCCAUUCAUCAAGAUCCGUUGAGCACAUAAUAAAGUCUUGAUGAAUUCCCUCACAAACCAGUGUUGAUCUGGCUGAUUCUUUAACUGUAAGAGCAGACAAAGGAGUGGGAGGAGCUGGGCUGGAGGCAGUGGGAGGAGUUACUUCAGCUGCUCUCCACUCAAAGUACAAAAACUGUCUGCCAUACAAGCACAAAGGAGAAGUAGGAACUCUGAGGAUGGUGUGUGCCGGGCAAAAUCCCUGAAGCUGUCAGCAAGAGAGACAAGCAGAGGGAGAGAGAGAGAAGUAGAUACUGAGUGACUCAGCUGGUUCGAAAGAGAAAGAAAGAGGGGGGACAGGAAACAGACCCUGAGUAGAAGCAGUCACACUCACACGCACACACAUACACAAACACACGCAUGGAGAGAAGGCGCUGAACUACCAGCUUCAGUUCUGGUCGUGUGGAGAAGCCUUGUGGUUUGUGGUCAGGACCUUGUGAGAAGUGGAAAGCUGAGGACAACUUUGCUGCUGUGGAGCUGAAAAGGACAAAAACAACCGGACUGAAUUUUGUUAAAGUGGAGGGAUUAUGCCAUGAGGACAAUUUCUAACAGACCUGGAUGUGGAUAUACCAUCAUUCCCAUUUGCGUAGCCAGCAGCUCGCAGUGUUUGGGGACUUCCUGAGUGAAAAGGUGGACACAUCUUGUGUGACUGAUUUAUCUGAGUAAGUAAAGCUCAGUCUGCAACUCGUGGGGGUGCAGCCUGGUGGAGAGAUAGGGCAGGGGGAGGGGAGGACGCUCCAGCCUGAAUCUCUGUCCUCUGUGAGGGACUCUUUUCAACAUGAGGUAACCCCCAAAAUAACUAACAUCAAUACACAGGAGGGAAUCAUGUUGACCAUGUGCAGUGGCCCUCUCUAACCUGGGCAGUGGUGUUGGGGAAGAAAUCUUUGCGCUGAUGGCCUGAGUGUCUUUCAGAGCAUCCUGUUCUCUGCCUUUCUAUCCAUUCAUGGUGGAUUUGUUGUGCGGGGAAGCCCUUUCAUUAUAUAGCUAUUACAUAACACACACCCCUCAUCCCUCCACUCUUUGUCUCUCAGAAUGUACAACAACACCCCCUCGACUUACAGUUUAACCGCAACAUGGGUGGACAAUAACUCAGCCAACAGCUCUGCUGCCAACUGCAGCAAGAACGAUGGGUUCAAGUACCCUUUGUACAGCACCGUCUUCAGCAUUGUGUUUGUGGUGGGGCUGAUCACCAACGUCGUGGCCAUUUACAUCUUCGCCUGCACUCUGAAGCUGAGGAACGAGACCACGACCUACAUGAUGAACCUGGUGUUGUCUGACCUGCUGUUUGUCUUCACGCUGCCUCUGAGGGUCUUCUACUUCAUCAACCAGAGCUGGCCCUUUGGCAGCACGCUGUGCAAGGUCUCCGUCUCCUUGUUCUACACCAACAUGUACGGCAGCAUGCUCUUCCUCACCUGCAUCAGCGUGGACCGCUUCCUGGCCAUCGUGCACCCUUUUCGCUCGAGGACGCUCAGGACUAAACGCAAUGCUAGGAUAGUGUGCACCGCUGUGUGGGUGCUGGUUCUGUCAGGGAGCCUCCCCACGGGGUUCAUGUUGGAGACCACCUCACAAGACAACAACAAGACGAACGCUACCUUCUGCUUCGAGAACUUCUCCUCCAAGCAGUGGAAGGCUCACCUGUCCAAGGUGGUGAUCUUCAUAGAAACGGUGGGCUUCCUCAUCCCGCUGCUACUGAACGUAUGUUGCUCCAUAAUGGUGUUGCAGACGCUGCGUCGCCCCCAGACUAUCAGCCGUGGGGGGAAGCUGAACAAAACAAAGAUCCUGCGCAUGAUAAUUGUACAUCUCCUUAUUUUUUGUUUCUGCUUCAUCCCCUACAAUGUAAACUUGGUGUUCUAUGCUCUGGUCCGCACCAAAACUCUAAAAGGCUGCUAUGUGGAGUCUGUGGUCCGAACCAUCUACCCAGUAGCCCUCUGCAUCGCUGUAUCCAACUGCUGCUUUGAUCCCAUUGUUUACUAUUUCACCUCAGAGACCAUCCAGAACUCUAUGAAGAGGAAGUCGGCUGCGGGCCGCGCGUACGAUGUCAAGUUCUCCGAGGCCCUGCAGUCAGAAACCAGCUCCAACCUGCAGUGCAGCCUGAAGAACCUGAAAGCUAAAGUCUUCCAAAAUGAGUCUUCAGUGUGACAGUGGGGUUGUAUUAAAUUCCAUAGUCAGACAAACCUCCAUGAGAUCACAGGAAUGGAUUUUAUUUUGGAGUGCUUUGUGAGGCACCUGCCAAAGAAAUAUUAUCUAAUCUUAGUCUUUAUCUCAGGGCAAAUGUUUGGACCUCUGCUCUGCAGUAUUACUGCUACAUGACCUCGCAUUCGCAUGUGUGGAUUUAUUACUUUAUUUAUUACUACUUAUUCAUUUCCCUCUCCUGUGGAAAUUGUGUUAAGCACAAUUACUCUGCCAGUGACCUGGAAGGGAAUGUGAUCACUGAACAGCAGGACAGUUAUGAUAUUGAAUGCCAAAUGUGCCGCUGUAUCUGAACAUUUCUGUGGUAAGUUGUGGUGCUAACUUUAGAAUAGUAUCUAUUAAAUUAACAUAAAGUUAUAUCAAGCUAUAAAUUGUACAGGGCUUUGUUUUUUUUUUGUUUUUUAUGGUGAAUUACAAAUAGGUCACAGAAGUGCCUUUUUUUUUUUUUGUUCUGGCGGCAUUUCAUUGUAGACUGUAUUAAAUAGUGUUAAUUGCCAUUAAAUGCACUGACAUGGAAUUCCAGAUACUGCACUCAUGCCACAGUGAUGAAUAAAAGUCAUGUACUGUCUAAAACAAGCGAAA